AUGUUAGGGGCUGUGAAGAUGGAAGGGCACGAGAGCAGCGACUGGAACAGCUACUACGCCGACACACAGGAGGCCUACUCCUCGGUCCCGGUCAGCAACAUGAACUCGGGCCUGGGCACCAUGAAUUCCAUGAACACGUACAUGACCAUGAACACCAUGACCACGAGCGGCAACAUGACCCCGGCUUCGUUCAACAUGUCCUACGCAAACCCGGGCCUUGGCGCCGGCCUGAGCCCCGGGGCGGUGGCUGGCAUGCCGGGCGGCUCUGCGGGCGCCAUGAAUACCAUGACGGCGGGCGUGACGGCCAUGGGGACGACGCUGAGCCCGGGCGGCAUGGGGGCCAUGGGCGCGCAGCCCGCGGCCUCCAUGAACGGCCUAGGCCCCUACGCGGCUGCCAUGAACCCGUGCAUGAGCCCCAUGGCGUACGCGCCGUCCAAUUUGGGCCGCAGCCGGGCUGGUGGUGGCGGAGACGCCAAAACUUUCAAGCGCAGCUACCCGCACGCCAAGCCGCCCUACUCGUACAUUUCCCUCAUCACCAUGGCUAUCCAGCAGGCGCCCAGCAAGAUGCUCACACUGAGCGAGAUCUAUCAGUGGAUCAUGGACCUCUUCCCCUAUUACCGGCAGAACCAGCAGCGCUGGCAGAACUCCAUCCGCCACUCGCUCUCCUUCAACGACUGCUUCGUCAAAGUGGCCCGCUCCCCGGACAAGCCGGGCAAGGGUUCCUACUGGACGCUGCACCCGGACUCCGGCAACAUGUUCGAGAACGGCUGUUACUUGCGCCGCCAGAAGCGCUUCAAGUGCGAGAAGCAGCCAGGGACCGGGGGCGGGAGCGGCGGCGGCGCCAAGGGCGGCCCUGAGAGCCGUAAGGACCCCUCGAGCGCUGCCAACCCCAGCGCCGACUCGCCCCUUCAUCGGGGCGUGCACAGUAAGGCCGGCCAGCUAGAGGGCGCGCCGGCCCCCGGGCCCGCUGCCAGCCCCCAGACUCUGGACCACAGCGGGGCGGCGGCGACAGGGGGCGCCUCGGAGUUGAAGACUCCGGCCUCCUCGGCUGCACCUCCGAUCAGCUCCGGGCCUGCGGCCCUGGUGUCUGUGCCCCCCUCCCACCCGGCGCAUGGCCUGGCACCCCACGAGUCCCAGCUGCACCUGAAAGGGGACCCUCACUACUCCUUCAACCACCCUUUCUCUAUCAACAACCUCAUGUCCUCCUCGGAGCAGCACAAGCUGGACUUCAAGUCGUACGAGCAGGCGCUACAGUACUCGCCCUAUGGCACCGCACUGCCCGCCAGCCUACCCCUCGGCAGCGCCUCGGUGGCCACGAGGAGCCCCAUUGAGCCCUCAGCCCUGGAGCCAGCCUACUACCAAGGUGUGUAUUCCAGACCCGUUCUAAACACUUCUUAG